CGUAGAGAGUAGACUGGGACUAUACAGCGCCGAGGUUCUUCUCUUCACUCAGCUGCAAGCAAGACCUGCAGGAGCUUUACACUGCACACCGCAGGAUAGUGGACGUCUGUUGCUCCUCUAACUUUGUAUCAUGAAGGUCGCUGGUAGCCAUGCUGUGAUGCUGUUGGCCUGCCUGAACCGUUAAAGAGAAGUAGCUCAGUUCUGUGACAGCGUGGUCAAACCGAGACAGAACCCUGGUCAUCUCCACCCUGCACACAGGUGUGUCCUGGCAGCUUCCAGUCCGGUGUUGGCAUCUCUCUUGUCCUCUGCUGGUGCCUUGGUGGAACUGAAGGAUUGCCGUGCUCAUUGUGAUUCAUUGUGAUUCAUUUCCGAGCAAGAAUCAAAUAAAUCAUUUUGGGGAUGAUUCAGUGUCGCAGAGUAAGAAUUGUUUCACCAGAGGAUCGCAGAAUGAAACUGAUCUGAUUUCUGAUGAUUUUUCUUCCAAACAUCGGCGACUGGAUUUUUGUGAAUGGCAGAAUGUCUGCAUGGCAACAGCAGCGCAGGAGCAGUCAAUUCACGCACAGCAUUCGAGAGCCUUGGUCCCGCCUCCUGUUCAUAACUUCAUCAUGGGAGGUGACUCGCUCUCUGGAGACCUAAAGAAGAGCACAGUUCAGCAGAGACACUUAUGCAGACCAGCCACUGCACCACGGAGCCACACCACCGCUUCACGAUGUCUGUGGACCACAAUACGUCCCAGCCCGUCCAUUCAGACCAGUCCAGUGAUGAGGAGGAGGUUGGUGCCUUUGCCCGACCAUGUUACAGUCCUCGGAGGCAGAUCUCUGCCACAGGGACCACAGACCAGAUUCUACUGCCGGACAUUGGUGCCAAACCUGCUGACUCGCUAGUCGCCAAGGCAUGCAGCCAAAAAGAAACGUUUCCAAACAGCUUUUGGAACAACGGAGAAGCGGCAUGGAAUGAAGUAAUAUCUGUAGCACAGUUUGACACAAAAUAUUGGGUAGGAGAAACACAUUUUGAUGCAAGAUCUGUUGGUACAGAACGAAGCAGGCCAGGAGCUGAAGUCAUGCGUGCAGAGGUGGUUUCCGUCGGAAACCAGAGCGCUACCUUGAGAGUGCGUUCGCCUCCAGGUGUGCCGGCCUCCGUGUCGUCCGCCUUGCCUGCCUGCGUGCCCUCGUCCCCGCCAACGAGUGUACCGGCUCAUCCGUCAAACCCUGUUCAGCCCCCUUUCCGGUGCUCUCUGUGCGCCCGGCCCUUCAGCCAGCGGGGCUCUCUGAACAGGCACGUGCGGAGCCACCUGGGCGUGCGUCCCUUCUCCUGCCCCCGCUGCCCUAUGACCUUUUCGCGUCAGUACCGUGUCACAGAGCACAUGCGUGUUCACCAGCGCUUUGUCCUCAGGAGUGACUUUCGACCUGCUUCUUCGAUUUGAAGCACGGAGAGCUAAUGAUGAACACUGAUAAGGCUGCAAAGAUGGCCAUUUUUUAUUAAUGAGGAAAUAAUUAUGAAUGCAUCUAGAAUAUUUUAUUGUUUACGGCAUAAGAACCACUGAUGAUGAUCACAGGAUGAUCCUUUUCUCUUGCACUCAACUAGCCAAAGAAAUCUUUUUGCUAAAAAGCAAUAUCAAAUAAAAAGAGUUUUUUUAUUCAGGUCUAGAGUAACCAAACUAUCAGUUAAGAAUUGUUCAUUUUGUGAUUGUUCGCCCUUUGCUCUGUUCCUGCAACAGAAAAGGUGAUCAUAUGCUGUAUACUUCUAUUCUUGCAUGUUUUCUCCAGGCUUAUUAUUUUUCAGAUUUACAUUUUGAACCUAUUGUGUUCAGUGCGACUAUUCAGCAGAGUACAUAAAUGUCACGAUUCAAAUGACAUCCUAUUCUCUGUUCAUAUUACAAAAUCUAUUAGUGCUAUGUCUCACAUGCUGUCCUCUUGAAGUGAGGACACUGUGCUUAGUAUCAUAGCGUUUGUACUCAAUGUUGUUUACUGCUGAAACAUGAGCUGGAGUGGUAAAAGCAAAAUGUCAAGGGCAGCCAUGGGUCUUUUCAAAGGACAAGCAGAAGGAAGGGAUCACGCCAUUUUGUAUUCAACACUUU